AUGUUAAAAUUUCUUGAAAAUAGAGAUCCUCCUAGAAUUAAAAGAGGUUAAGAUUUUAUGCGUUUUGAGAGUAAAAGUCAUCUACCAAAUAAUAAAUAAUUUAACAGCCCAAUUCAUUAAGAUGCAGUUAUUCAUCAUGAUAAUCCUCAAUAUUAUGUUACAAAGAAAUUACCUCCUAUUUCUAUUUAUAAUCCUUUAGUUUAAUUGACAGACUCAGUAGAAAGACCAGAAUACAUAGUCAAAUAAAAAGAAAUUUAUCAUCCUCGUUAUAUGGAAGAAUAUAAAAAAAAAGGGUUCAAAAAAAAGUAAGGAAUUUUUGAAUCAUUCUAACAUUUACUGAAUUAGAAUCAAAUUUUAAUUAAUGGUGUUCAUCCCGAUAAAAAACCUUUGUCUUUUCCUGCUAUAAGAGAAUAUCAGAAAAGAAAUUAUUAACAUUCAAACUUAGAUAAUUAACUAUCAUCAAGAAGCUAAGACAGCUAAAAUAUAAAUAGAACUAAUUAAGAUAGUAACAAAUCUUAAAUGAAGAGUGUUAAAAAGAACUCAAAUUAUUAAGUAUCAGAAUAAAGUAAAUUAAGGACUGACAAUAAGAGCAUUUAAGCAAGUUUAGAAAGAAUGAGUAUAUAAAAGAAAACUGAAUCUUCUUUUGAGUAUAGUUCAAAAAUCUUACAUUCUUAUUUAAUUCGAUAAGAAGAAGAGGAAGAAAAAGAAAGAUAGAUGCGUUAAUUAAGUAUUUUUGAUAAAAAGAUUAAAGAAAUUAGAAUUAAUUAUGAUAAACAUGGGAAAAGAAAAGUAAAAAUUGAUUAGAUACCUGAUUGA